GCGAAUCCCCAUCUAUUUAUGUGGAGUUAUCUCCCCACGAAACUACGAUCUGCUUUCAAAAUCUAGGCGUCAUCAAAUAAUUAAUCCCCAAGAUGUCAGCACACGUCCAUGAGCUUCCACACCUAAUUGAGCUACACUUCUAUCGACUUGACGAAAAGAAAGAUCACGAUGAACGACUAGCACUCGUUGCUUAUGACAGAGACGCAGGUAUUAGACUCAAAGAUGGAACAGUAAAUUGCCCAGCCAUAUGGUUCGACCAAAAUGGCAGAGCCCAUAAUAGAACUGGCAUUCUCUUCAGAACUGCUAAAUCGCACGGAUUUAUUGGCAUGAUUCAUAUGUCACCUUAUCAAGCUAUUGAUAUGAUCUAUCGACAUGCGGCUUUGUGGAGCGUGUACACGAUUCUCGGUUUUGAACUCAGCAAAGUCGAAUCAGUUACAAGUACCAAAGACUCCGCUUUCGUAACCUUCGUGAAUUGGCUCCGUCUCUGGCUUCCCAAAGGAUUUUAUAUCGAUUCCCCCGAUGACUGGGCUUAUGCACGUCUAAAUCAGGUUAAUCACGAUCGCAAACGUCGCAUUAUCCGAACUCGAGAUGAUGAUGAACGUGGAAAAGCUGAUGCUGAGAAAUUUACAAGGGCAGUAUACACAGGAUUUCAUCAAGUCGUUGAGGAUAAGCCCGGAGAUCUUUUUAGUGUGAAGGAUCCAGGCGUAAUGGGACAAGGAGCUUGGGAUGGAACGGAAGCGGAGGAGGAUAGACUUAUUAGGAGAGUGGAGAGGAUGGUUAACAAGAGGUUGGGGGUUGAAGACGAGGAGGAAUAUGAUGAUCUGAAAAGUAGGUGGGGGGAUUAUGGGAAACGCUGAAAGUGAUUAUCAGGACAUUGAGUGAUUGAUUAGAGUGAGCGCUUCAUGUUGGUUGAUUUUGUGAUAGAUUAUAGACGUUUAUCAUGUAACUGGUGAUAACUUGGUAAUACUUUCA